AUGGGUUCCGGUGACGUUAACCAGGCCGAGAAGUCGGUCUUCGGCAUGCCCGGCUUCGUUGUCGACUUCCUGAUGGGUGGUGUCUCCGCCGCUGUCUCCAAGACCGCCGCUGCCCCCAUCGAGCGUAUUAAGCUCCUCAUCCAGAACCAGGAUGAGAUGCUCAAGGCCGGCCGUCUCGACCGCAAGUACAACGGUAUCGGUGACUGCUUCAAGCGUACCGCCGCCGCUGAGGGUGUCGUCUCUCUCUGGCGUGGAAACACCGCCAACGUCAUCCGUUACUUCCCCACCCAGGCUCUUAACUUUGCCUUCCGUGACACCUACAAGUCCAUGUUCGCCUACAAGAAGGACCGUGAUGGAUACGCCAAGUGGAUGAUGGGUAACCUUGCCUCCGGUGGUGCUGCCGGUGCCACUUCCCUCCUCUUCGUCUACUCCCUGGACUACGCCCGUACCCGUCUUGCCAACGACGCCAAGUCCGCCAAGGGUACCGGUGAGCGCCAGUUCAACGGUCUCGUUGACGUCUACCGCAAGACCCUCGCCUCCGACGGUCUCGCCGGUCUCUACCGUGGUUUCGGUCCCUCCGUUCUCGGAAUCGUUGUCUACCGUGGUCUCUACUUCGGCAUGUACGACUCCAUCAAGCCCGUUCUCCUCGUCGGUCCUCUUGAGGGCUCUUUCCUCGCCUCCUUCCUGCUCGGCUGGACCGUCACCACCGGUGCCGGUGUUGCCUCUUACCCCCUUGACACCGUCCGCCGCCGCAUGAUGAUGACCUCCGGUGAGGCCGUCAAGUACUCCUCCUCCAUGGAUGCUGCCCGCCAGAUCAUCGCCAAGGAGGGUGUCAAGUCUCUCUUCAAGGGUGCCGGUGCCAACAUCCUCCGUGGUGUUGCCGGUGCUGGUGUCCUGUCCAUCUACGACAAGGCUCAGCUCCUCCUUCUCGGAAAGAAGUUCUAA